UCUGUGUUGGCAGAAGGCUCUCACCUGCUGGGUCCUUUGCAUCCCCUUUGUCUUCCAAAUCAUAGCAGAGUUUUUUGCUAAUGGAAAGAAAAUGGAUAGUGAACAUUUUCUCUUUUUUUGUUGGUGUGACCAAAGGGAUUCUACAGCUCUGGGGUGGUCUAGAGAUCUCAUUCGUGCUCCACAGAGUUUUAAGUGACUGAGGAGAGAAAAAUAACCUAUUGUUUCAGUGCGGUUUGCCUGUAGAGAGCUGCCAGGCUGUUAGACACCAGCACUCCUCUUCCCGCUUCCCCGUUUCGUAUUUGGCAGCCUGAGGUUGUAGUGUUUGACCGAGUUUAAAGGAAGACGCUCCACCAAACUUCUCCAGCAUUCUUACUCGCAUAGAUAGCCCCUUCCUCCUACCCCCUACCUCCGCCCGUCCCGCGUUUCUCAGAGGCGAAAGCUCCCCCCGCAGCCGGUGUGACAGCGCCGGGCCGGCGCGGCUGCGGCACGAACAAAGAUCCGCGGCGGCGGGGACUCGGUGAAAGGCUGCAGCCACGGCACCUCCCCUGCCACUCUGUGCCCUGUCAUCUUCCAGGUAAGAUGAAUGUCUGAACUAUCCAUCAUCCCCCAGGGGGCAGGAACCUGCUUGGUUACUGAAACUUCCGAGCCCCGAUCGGGGCGGCAUUGUUGACCUGACAGGGUUGCUCUUUUGUGGGCUCCGUUGCCGGGAUUUAGCCAUUUGCAUAAUGGAUUAGCAUGAAACUGAAAGCACGGGAAUGGCGCUCCGCCGUUUCCCACUCUUAGCUGGCGGACCUUUGGGACGAAUUAAUUUAUAAAUGUGACUUGCCGCUCUCCCUCGGAGACCUGUUUCCUUUCAGGGAAGAGAGACGAUCCCUCCCCUGUCCCGCCGCCGUGGCAGCCCGCCCGGCCCGCGCCCCCCGAUCCGAUCCGAUCCGGUUGCCGCUUGCCACCCGCGAAGGCCGGGCCGGGCACCCGGAGCCCCUUCAGGUCCCACUGGCGGGGAAAGGCGCACGAAGCGGCUGUGGCCCCGGGAGCCCUCGCUGCUCUCCCCGGGACGGGUGAAGGGUUUUACCCGCACUUUUCCGUGCACUUCUACCUGGGCAGCGCGGGCGGUAAACGGAGCGGAGCUGCGGGUGGCUCCAGGCUGCGGGAACCGCGCCGUGCCGAGGGCCGAGCCGCGGCCGGACCGAGAGACGCAGGGCCGGCUGAGGAUGCCCGCCGCGUCCCCCGGUAAAGCCCGGCCGGUCCUCGGGGCGGGCGCUCCCCGCUCGCCCCUCACCCGGUGGGCCGGCCCGGGUGCCCGCCCCGCCCCGCUGGUAUCCUAGAAAAGCGGUGCUGGCGGCCAGGAGCUCCUCCGAGGUUCCGAGGGUUUCCCUUGCCGACCAUGAAGAACCCGGUGCCACAGGCGGCGUCGCUGCUGCUGGAGAAGCUGAUGCUCCUCGUCCACAUCCGGCCAUUGCCCGCGGGCUCCGGCGGUGAAACGCCACCGCCUGCACCCGGCUACUACGACACCAGCUGCUUCAAGCGAGGAGACCUGCUGGAGGUGCCCCGCACUCUCUUCAUCCACUUCGGCAUUUACCUGGGCGAGAACCGCGUCGCCCAUAUGAUGCCCGACAUCCUGCCCUCCAUCACCGGCGACCGUCGGCAGAUCCAGCAGGUGGUGACCAACAAGAGGCUCAUCCUGGGCGUCAUCGCUAGGACGGCCAGCGUCCGGGUGGACACAGUGGAAGACUUCGCCUACGGCGGUAGCAUCCUGGUCAACCACAUGGACCGGUUCUUCGAGAACCAGGUACUGGGCAGCGAGGAAGCGGCCCGCCGGGCGGAGAAGCUGGUGGGUGCCACGGCCUACAGCCUGCUCUGGAACAACUGCGAGCACUUCGUCACCUACUGCCGAUACGGCGCUCCCGUCAGUUUCCAGACCGACAAGUUCUGUGAGACUGUGAAGAUGAUUAUUCGGGACCAGAGGAGCGUGCUUGCAUCGGUGCUUGUGGGACUAGCGUCAAUAGUCUGCCUAGCUGUUGCAGAUAUGCAUGAGGAGAAUAAAGCUGUAAAUGGAUGUGGCAAAAUCCGAAGUGGUGCUCAAAAUGGAGCCGCUUUACUUGCCCUAAUGGAGAAGACAGGAUACAGCAUGGUUCAGCAAAAUGGGCAAAGAAAAUUUGGUGGACCUCCACCAGGUUGGGAAGGUCCUCCACCGCCUCGUGGAUGUGAAGUUUUUGUGGGUAAGAUUCCUCGUGAUAUGUAUGAAGAUGAACUAGUUCCUGUUUUUGAGAGAGCUGGGAAGAUCUAUGAGCUCAGACUGAUGAUGGAAUUCAGUGGUGAGAACCGAGGCUAUGCUUUUGUGAUGUACACUACUAAAGAGGAAGCCCAGCUGGCCAUCAAGAUUCUCAAUAAUUAUGAAAUUCGUCCAGGGAAGUUUAUUGGUGUCUGUGUUAGCUUGGACAACUGCAGACUGUUUAUUGGAGCAAUUCCUAAAGAUAAGAAGAAAGAAGAAAUACUGAAUGAAAUGAAAAAAGUUACAGAAGGAGUGGUGGAUGUCAUUGUUUAUCCAAAUGCCACUGACAAAACUAAAAAUCGUGGCUUUGCCUUUGUAGAAUAUGAAUCUCACAGAGCAGCUGCAAUGGCUAGAAGACGACUAAUCCCAGGAACGUUCCAGCCCUGGGGUCAUACUAUUCAAGUAGACUGGGCAGAUCCUGAGAAAGUAGUUGAUGAAGAAACUAUGCAGAGAGUUAAAGUAUUGUAUGUGAGAAAUUUAAUGAUAUCUACUACGGAGGACAAAAUUAAAGCUGAAUUCAACAAGUUCAAGCCAGGAGUAGUUGAACGUGUAAAGAAGUUGAGGGACUAUGCUUUUGUUCAUUUUUUUCACCGUGAAGAUGCAGUUGCUGCUAUGUCUAUAAUGAAUGGAAAGUGCAUUGAUGGAGCCAGUAUUGAGGUAACACUGGCGAAGCCAGUUAACAAAGAAAGUUCUUGGAAGCAACAUUUUAAUGGUCAGAUAAGUCCCAGUUCUGAAAAUCUCUUAGGGUUUCCUAACAAAGAAGAUGGUGCUCAAAAAUCCUUGGGGAAACCAGCAAGUCUUUCAGUUCGUCUUAAUGGUCAGCACAGUCCAGGGCCCCCUGAAGUUGAAAGAAGUACAUACCCAAUUUUUCCAGGAAUAAAGCUUACUCCAAUAAGCAUGUAUUCUUUAAAGCUGAGUCACUUCAGUUCUGCGGUAAUGCAUCUGGAUUAUUUUUGCCAUAAAAAUAGCUGGGCGCCACCAGAAUACUGCUUGUAUUCAACCACAAGUCAGGAUGGGAAAAUACUUUUGGUGUACAAGGUGCUUAUUUCUAGUAUUGCAGAUGAUUCCCAGAGUUACUUCAUGCCAGAAAAACUCUGUACAACAGUAGAAGAUGCAAAGGAAUUGGCAGCACAGUUCACACUUUUACAUCUAGCCCCCGAGCAAGCAUAUAUAACACUACUGUCCCUGAAUGCAGCAUGGUGGGAUAGUAAAGCCAAUUGUACACCCUACUUGGUUUGAAUAUUUCUGAAGAAGAGGAGUUUGGAAUUUUUGCUUUGGAUCUUGUAAUGAAAAGAAAAAGAACAGCCCACUGAUACAUAAUUACUGGAAAUUGACAUUCCAUGUUUAUUGAUGAGUAAUUUUUCAAAGCAUGUGUAUUAAGCAUUUCAAUUUAAAGAUUAGUGAAAUUGAAUGUUAAAUUGUUUUGGUUAGUUUGAUUAAAUUUGGGUUUUAAAAUACAAUUAGUUUAAAAGAUUUUUAUUACCUGUAAUAGUCUAUACAACAGUAAUUUAUAUUUAGUGUUGAAACAAUUUGCCACAAUUCCUAUUCUUGUAUUUUCACUCAAAAAUUUUUCAGCUUCUGUUGUAUGUAAUAAAUCUUAAAUAUUAAAAAAAUUCCACCAACAAAACAAUAAACACCAUUCUGGCAACCUUGCCUUUUCGUACAUAAACAUGCAUAAUAUGAAACUUAAAUACUAUCCUCAAGUUUGCUUCCAUUAACUUGAUGCAAAAUUUUAUAGGAAGAACAGGUCCAGUAAAAUCUUUGCUUCUGAUAUAACAGUACAUCAAUGGAAAACUUGUAUUUUGAAGGACUUUACAUGAUUGUACCAUCAGGCUACAUUGCUGUAGCCAUAACACUAAGGCUCAAUACCUUAGUUAAUUCUUGAAGACAAAAACAGCCAAAAAAUCUCGACAGAUACAGAUUACAUGUAUUUUUGUGUACAGCUCACUAGGUUGUAUUUCCUGUUGUUAGCACCUCCCUGUUGGGAUGCGUGUGCUUUCACAUUCAUAAAGGCCUUACUUUUAUCCAGGCUCUCCCUUGAAACUAGCACUUGUGCUUGCCUGUAAUACCCAUGUGGAACAGCAGCUUGCUCACUUUCUAAUCAGGCCAUGUUCUUCUUAAAAACUUUGUUUAGCAUUAAACUGAAAAUAGUUUUUGAUUUUUAAAAUCAGAUAUAUGUAAUUCAUUUUGAGUGAUCCAUCUUUAUUUUUAUUGUGACUAUUUGGCAUUUCUCAGUCAAGUGCUUUAUUUAUUGAAUGACAAAAACAACCUUUUUUUUAACCUUCUUAACAAUCUGAAACUAAUACUGUAGACCAUUCUAACUUUUGGAAUUUUAUACAUAGUUUCAGUUCAUUGACAAGGAGUGGGCCAAGUGGUUAAAAUGUCUAAGGGCCUCACCUAUGCAAGUAUUGUUUGUAAGCUGUUGUAUCUGAAAAUUGUUUCUCAGAAAGGAAUAUUAUGUAGACAGAAAACAAUGCAAUGGAAAGAUUUCAAGUUGAAUAAUUUUUCUUAAAAGCAAUCAACCGUUGUGGUCCACUAUGUAUUUUGGUUCAGUGUAUUUCAUCACCAUAUUAAAUUGUCCUUUUUGCUGGUAAUUUUGGUGCAGUUACAGCAGUUUCAUUUUAUUUGCAUUUGAUAUUAGCUACAUAAUAAUUCUUUUACGUGUUGCAAUUUCUAAUGUUGAAAUAAUGUGUUUGACUUCUGUACAUGAAUUAACAUUUAUAUUAAAUUUAUGCUGUUCAU